AUGCUGACAAGUGCGCGUCAUCAAACUGAUCUUUCCUUGAACACUCAGCCGCCGUUGAACGAAGCGCGAACUCCGAUCUUGUUGGUGAAUACUGAAAUGCUGAAAAAGGCGAAGUCGUUUGGUGCGAGAAAUGGCGCAUUCGACAAGAGGUUAAAAGGUCAUGAUGUUAUGAUUGGAGAGACCGCUCAAAAGCAAAUCUUCGUUCUGGAGCGACAGGAAGGUGGAAACUUACGAUCGGGCACGAGUCUUGCGGCGCUUACGCUUCAAGCGCCUAGUGCGCUUCUUUCUCCACUUAGCUCUCCUAAAGAUGGUUGUCAGUUAUGGAUACUUGAAGUUGUUGAUGUGGAAGUGAUGGAAAUGGAGACAAAGAGGGGUAAAAUCCAUUCUUGCGGAAAUGAGGGGAAAUUUGGUGAUUGCAAUGAUUCAAAUGCUUUCGAUAAGCAUAGAAUGCAGUCUGAAUAG